UGCAGCCAGUGCCCAGCCCCACAGGCCCUGGCACCGCGGACACGAUGCUCCUGCUGGCUUUACUGCUGGCCCUGGGCCUGCCCCAGGCGCGGCCCACAGACAACAGGACCGAGAGGCAGGACCCUGGCGUCCUGCGCUGUCACGUUUGCGAGAAGGAGAACGACUUUUCGUGCCAGAACGAGCAGAGCUGUGGCCAGCGGGACACGUACUGCGCGCUGGCUGCCAUCAGCAGGUCGUUUGUGAUAGUGAAGCCCCUGCCCUUCGUGUACAUAAAGUGCUGUAAACAUCCCUUAUGCAACGACAACGUGCCCAAUGUCAACGAGACGGCGUUCCGAGAAUACCCUGGGAGAGCCGGUGAGAGGGCACACGGCCAUGCCGUGCUUUCCUUCCUCCCGGCGCUGGCCUUGGCCUGCGACGGCCUCAGGCUGCUGUGAGCGGUGGGACGUGCCCAGGGCGGCCAGCUGCGCAUGGUCAGAAUGUGCUGCAUUAAAUUUGCUAU